GAGCACGACGGCCGAGCCACCUUGCCCGGCGGUCCCGGGGGCAGCAGGAAUCCGCGCUGCGCUGUCUGCCGUUGCACGCCCAUGUGGCCCUCCCCUCCCCACGCUCGCUCGCGUUAUCAAUUCUAAGCCGCUGUCGUCUUCUUCCUUCAUCUCCUUCACGGCUUCACCCCUACCACCUACCUAGCUCGUGUGUGCCAUCUGGAUCUGAAUCUAGCUCCCUCCUCCAUCCCUAUAUAUAAGCCCACCCGUUGCCGAGAGGAAAUCAUUAGCCAGAGUCAGAGUUCAGCAACACUCCUUCACCACACUUCGUUCGCUUCCAACUAUCUCCACACCACAGAGAGAGAGAGUGAGAGAGAGAGAGAGAGAGAGAGAGAGAGAGAGAGAGAGAGUGGUGAAGCAAAGAUGAAGCUUAUGGGGAGCCGGAGGAGUGGAGGAGGCCUGAGCAGGAGCCUCAAGGAGCACAGGGCCAGGCUCUACAUCAUCCAGCGCUGCGUCGUCAUGCUCCUGCGCUGGCACGACUGACUCCCUCGCUCCAUGGAUGGAUGGACGGAUGGCUCCGUCCUUCCAUUCCAUGGAUGGUGUUUGAAGCAAGCAAGGAUAUACUUUUUGAUUUUGGGUCUGUAGGAAGGAAGGUGUACGCACUCGCAGUUAGUACUUGUACAUAAGAGGUCAGUUGAUUAUAGAAGUAGAAGUAGCAGCUAAGCAAUAGGAUCGAUCUAGUGUUGGUUGAUUCACCACCUCCUCUGUCCUCGACCCCCUUCAGCAAGUGUGUCCCAUUGUACAAUUACAUCAGUGCCAAAUACUGGAAUGCAAUAUAGGCUGAAAGAGAAGGAAUAAUCAGUGGAUC